UGGUCACCUUGGGUUAAAAGUGCUUGAAUAUUGAUUUUCUGUAUGAUGAAGAUUGUUUGAGUAAUAUUUGUUGGUCCAGUUCAUGACGGCGAAUGGUACUCUAUUUCGGGUUCUUAUUCAUACGGAUGUUACAAAGUACCAAAGCUUCAAAGCUAUGGGCGGGGGCUUUGUCUUUAAUAAAGGAAAGGUUCACAAGGUUCCAGCAACAGACAUGGAGGCCCUCAAAUCUCCAUUGAUGGGAUUAUUUGAAAAGCGUCGUGCUCGUAAGUUUUUCAUCUAUGUCCAAAAUUAUGUAGAAAAUGAUCCCAAGACACAUGAAGGGCUAGACCUUACAAGAGUGAUGACUAGAGAACUUAUUGCGUAUGUUCCUGAUCUUUCACUUGCAUAUACAAAAUUAUUUUAUAUUGAGAAUACUUUGUUAUAAUAAUGGAAGUAUCUACUAUUAAGUUUUGAUUUAUGUGCCUUGAAUUGAACAACUCACAUUCUCACAUGGAUUUUUUAAGUUUAGACCAGUCUGUAUGAUUUUGUCAUGAGGGCGAUCCACUACAAAGCACUGUAGGUUAAACUUAACCUACUAUGCAAUGUGUGGAGCCCCAUUGUGAUGUGUGCAUGACAUCCAUCAAUGCAUCAUGUGUGCCCC